GUGUCACCGCGGAAAAGCACCGUGCUGGCGGAUCGCGCUGGCCGGAUGGGGAACGUUUCCUGCGCGGUCAAACACUGCCUGAGCUACGAGACUUUCCUGCGGGAUUAUCCGUGGUUGCCGCGGCUCCUGUGGGAAGAGAAGUGUUCAGAGCUGCCCAAACUUCCAGUCUACGUCAAAAUCGUGGAGGUCGGACCAAGAGAUGGACUCCAAAAUGAGAAGGAAAUAGUGCCGACAGAGGUCAAAAUCCAGCUGAUAGACCUGCUUUCUCAGACGGGCCUGCCUGUGAUCGAGGCCACGAGUUUUGUGUCUUCAAAGUGGGUUGCACAGAUGGCCGACCACACCGCAGUGCUGAAAGGGAUUAAAAGGUCUCCUGACGUUAGAUACCCGGUUCUGACUCCCAAUAUUCAGGGCUUCCAGGCAGCCGUUGCAGCGGGAGCCAAUGAAGUGGCAGUGUUUGGUUCUGCAUCAGAGACGUUCAGCAGGAAAAACAUCAACUGCUCCAUAGAGGAGAGUUUGCAGCGGUUUGAGCAGGUCGUUUCUGCAGCCAAACAGGAAGGCAUACCAGUGCGCGGGUACGUUUCCUGUGCUCUCGGCUGUCCGUAUGAAGGACAAAUAAAACCGUCACAAGUCACGAAGGUGGCGAAGCGCUUGUUUGAGCUGGGCUGUUAUGAGAUUUCCCUGGGGGACACCAUUGGCGUGGGCACUGCGGGCUCCAUGGCCGAGAUGCUGAGCGAUGUGUUGACAGAAGUGCCCGCUGGUGCAUUGGCGGUGCACUGCCAUGACACUUACGGUCAGGCGCUGCCCAACAUACUCAUAGCUCUGCAGAUGGGGGUUUCUGUGGUCGACGCCUCAGUCGCGGGUCUCGGCGGAUGCCCGUUUGCCCAAGGAGCAUCUGGUAAUGUUUCUACAGAGGAUCUUCUGUAUAUGCUGCACGGUCUUGGAAUUGAAACCGGAGUGGAUCUGCUCAAAGUCAUGGAGGUUGGAGAUUACAUAUGUAGAGCCUUAAACCGAAAGACCAACUCCAAGGUCAGCCAAGCGACCCGAAACAACUAGAGUUUACAUUACAAGAGACAAUAGAUGCAGUGUGUUUUGUCAAAAUAACAAGUUCAGUGCAACAUCAAAACGAUAAGUUCAGUGCAACAUCAAAAUAAUCACAUUAUAAGAUAUGUGUGUGUAUGUGUACCUGUAUGUGCGUGAAAGUUAUUUAUCUAUCUAUUAUUUUUUAUUAUAUAUGUAUUUAUAUUUUUAUUAUUUAUUUAUUCAUUCAUUUUCUUUUCAGCUUAGUCCCUUUAUUAAUCCAGGGUUGCCACAGCGGAAUGAACCACCAACUUAUCCAGUAUAUGUUUUACGCAGUGGAUGCCCUUCCAGCUUCAACCCAUCACUGGGAAACAUCCAUGCACAAUUAUUCGCACUCAUACACUACGGACAAUUUAUCCUUCCCAAUUCACCAGUUCCACGUCUUUGGAUUUGUGGGGGAAACCGGAGCACACGGAGGAAACCCACACAAACACGGGGAGAACAUGCAAACUCCACACAGAAAUGAUAACUGACCCAGCCGAGACUCAAACCAGCGACCUUCUUGCUGUGAGGCAAUUGUGUUACUCAC